GCGGUGGUUCCUGCAGCAGUGGCCGGCUGUGGUCUGAAGGUCUCUGCGUCCCUCGGGUCCUUCCCUUUCAACAUUCUGUAACCGCGCCAGCCUACCUCGCUCCUCGGCGCCAUGACCACCACCACCACCUUCAAGGGUGUCGACCCCAACAGCAGGAAUAGCUCCCGGGUUUUGCGGCCUCCAGGAGGUGGAUCCAAUUUUUCAUUAGGCUUUGAUGAACCAACAGAACAGCCUGUGAGGAAGAACAAAAUGGCUUCUAACAUCUUUGGAACACCUGAAGAAAAUCCCCCUUCUUGGGCCAAGUCAGCAGGUGCCAAGUCUAGUGGUGGCAGAGAAGAUUCGGAGUCAUCUGGACUGCAGAGCAGGAGCUCCUCUGAAGCAAGCUCUGGAGACUUCUUAGAUCUGAAGGGAGAAGGUGACAUUCAUGAAAAUGUGGACACAGACUUCCAAGCCAGCCUGGGGCAGAGCGAAGAGAAGCCUGUGCCCGCUGCUCCUGUGCCCAGCCCAGUGGCCCCGGCACCAGUGCCAUCCAGGAGAAAUCCCCCUGGUGGCAAGUCCAGCCUGGUUUUGGGUUAACUCUGACUGUCCUGAACUCUGUCGUUUUGUUUGUUUGUUUUCUCCAUGCUUGUGAACUGCACAACUUGAGCCUGACUGUACAUCUUUUGGAUUUGUUUCAUUAAAAAGAAGCACUUUAUGUACUGCUGUCUUUUCUUUUUCUUUUGAAGAACAGGUUUCUCUUUCUGUGUCUGACUCCUUUGGGUCUGUGGGCCAUGGCAUGAGUGUUUCCUAGUAGUAGACUGGAGGGAAAGCUUUGUGACACUUAGUACCGUGUUUUUAAAGAACAAAUGAUCUGUUCUCAGCGUGUUACGGGCUCUUUUGUACUGGGGGUUUUUGACAAACUGUACUUGGCUUAUCGUGAUGGGGCGCACCAUCAGCAGUGCACCGGCACCCCCACCACACCAGGUUGUCUUUAUUCAGAGCUUCUCUUGGUGUGCCCUUUGCCAAAAGCAUCCUCCUGUGCCAUAUGGAACAAUAAAGAGGCCUGCUCCUCCCACCUUGCUGCCUGCAAAGCAAAGAAACUGCCUUUUGUUUUUAACCUUAAGACCUAAGCCAGAUCUUAACAGGACAGGCUGGCCCAUGAGCAAAGCCUACUGUGUGAUGCAGAGGGAGGCCUCGGAUGUACAACCAACCUGCCUGGAAUGACAGUGGUGAAGCAAGUGGUCACUCCAUCUAGGAGCCGGGCCCCGGGGCACUGUUCUUAGUAAGUAACUUGAGGCUGUGUGCAUGAUGCUGGUGCUUGACCAUGAAAGGAAAGUCCCAUCCUUAAAUAUGUUGUACUUCUCAAUCCCGGACUGUUGCUUAAAGUAAACAAUAUCCACAUUUUGAAA